AUGGCCACCAUCCCGUACCCGCCUCCCGUCCUCACAGACGCGCCCGCGGCGUCGACCUCCAAAAGCGACGCUGUCGCCUCGGCCUUUUCGCCGGUGACGAAUGUCUUCAACCGGUUCUCGAGCUGGCGCGCGUCACUCGGUCUGACGAACGCCGGCUCAAUAGAGAAGCUUGGCCAGGAGACUAAGAUGACCAUCAUCUCCAACCCCCUGGAGGGCGCACGCGCGGACCUGAGCAAGAUUCUGUCCGUCGACCCUGCGUUCCAGGUGACGCACUCGUUCCAGCUGGCAUCACAGACACAACCCGCGUCAUACUAUCUUUCGACCGUCUACGCAACAAACAAGUUCUUCAUGCAGGGCAACGUCGACAACGAGGGCAAUGUCAGCAUGCGCUGUAAUAACGACUGGUCCCAAGACAAUGUGUCCAAGGUGCAGGGACAGUUCAGCUCAACGCCCGGCCACAGCAUGCUCCAGCUCGAGCACGAUUACCUCGGCCGCGACUUCAGCUUGAACGUCAAGGCCGUGAACCCAUCGCCCGUAGACGGCUCGGGUAUGUACAUUGGCUCGUACCUGCAGAGCGUGACGAAGAACAUUGCCCUGGGUGUCGAGACGCUCUACCAAAGCCUCGGCCCGGGCAUGUCCGACAUGUCGACCUCCUACCUUGCCCGUCUCGCUGCAACAGACAAGAGCUGGAUUGCCACGGCGCAGGUGCAGCCCAUGGGCAUUAUCCAGGCCACGUACUGGCAUAAGCUCUCGGACAAGGUUGACGCCGCGGCCGACUUGCAGCUCAUCUCUGCACCACAAAGGAGGGAUGCAAUUGCCACUAUCGGCGCCAAAUACGAUCUGCGUUUGAGCACGCUCCGCGCGCAGAUUGACUCGACCGGUAAGGUCGGGAUGCUCCUCGAGCAGAAGAUCGCGCCGACGUUCACGUUCUCCGUCGGCGGCGAGCUCGACCACUUCAAGAACGCGGCGAAGAUCGGUGUUGGCGUACAGAUCGAGAGCUCGUCGUUGACGCCCGAGGAGAUGGGCAUGGUACCGCCCCCGCCUGGCUCCGUACUAUGA